UUGCACACAUCAGGUCGGAGUCAGGGUUGCGGGAACAUACAUAUGUAAGCCAAUCUCUUAUCUGCUCAUUUUUCAACUACUCCCCAAUAUCUUUUUUUUCUCUUCAUUUUACAGCCAUUCUCACACUAUUUUGUCUAUGUCGAUAUUACAAACAUGGAUCAACUUUUGGCUGAUUUUGGUUUUCAAUUUACCGAGUAAGUAUUUUUCUUAAAUCAUGAUCGUGAGGUCUGAAAUUAAAAAAAAUUAUUUCAGAUGCUUCUGGAAAUGAGAUGAUAGUGAAAUUAUUCGAACGAUUAAUGGUUGAUUAUAAUCGAAGUGUUCGACCAGUUCAUAAUGCUAGUGAUAAAUUAGUUGUACAUUUGGGUGCCAGUUUAUGUCGUCUUCUUGAUGUCGAUGAAGUUAAUCAAGUUUUAACCACGAGUUUGUGGCUAGAAAUGGUGAGAUUAUUGGGAUAUCACUGAAAAUUUUAAAAAAUGAGAUAUUCUGGAAAAGUUCGGAUGAAUAUUUUUCAGCAAUGGCGAGAUAAAAAGCUCACAUGGGAUCCAAAAGAAUGGGACGGUGUUCAAUAUCUAGAUAUACCUUCAGAUCAACUUUGGGUUCCAGAUAUUGUUUUGUAUAAUAAGUAAGUGUUUCCCAGACAUUUUAUUGUUAUUUAUAUUCAAAUCAGUGAUUGUUUUUAGUGCUGAUGGUGAGCCACAUAUAACAAUAACAAAUAUGGCGCGUGUUGAUUAUACCGGACUGAUUGUAUGGCAACCGCCAUCAAUUUAUAAAAGUUUCUGUCAAGUUAGCGUUUAUUAAUAAUAUUCUUUAUUUGAUUUGGAAAACAAUGAUACAAAUAGUAAUAAAACCUUUUUUUUUCAGAUUGACAUCCAAAACUUUCCAUAUGAUGAACAGACGUGUAAAUUGAAAUUUGGUGGUUGGACAAAUGAUGGUGGAAAAGUAAUAGUUUAUCAAAUUCCGGUGAAUGAAAAUGAUGUUCCGGAAGCUCGCACUGAACUUAGCGAGAGCGGUGAAGUGAUAGAUUUUUUAUUUCUUGAAGAUGGUCUUGGUCUCGGUUUUUAUCAUGAGUAUGUUUACACAUUAUUUAUGCAACCUUAAAAUUGAAUAUGUAUAUAAAUAUAUUCAAAAAAUGAAUUAUAGAAGUGCCGAAUGGGAUCUUCUCAGUGCUACUUCUUCCAGAAAUAUCAAAGUUUAUCCAGGUUGUUGUGGUAACCAAUAUUAUAUUGAUAUCACGUAAGUUAUAGUUAUUAAGAAAAAUUGUCCUGUUUAUAUAGUAAUUUCUAUUUUAGAUAUAUUAUUUUAAUUCGUCGGAAAGCUAUUUUCUUCACUGUAACCUUAACAAUUCCAUGUAUGCUUAUUGGUAUGUUUUUCAGCUAUUGAUUUCCAAUGCUUAUACCUAAACUUUCAACAGAUUAUCUAAUUGAAUAAUUUCAGCUAACUUGACACCUUUCGUAUUUGUAAUUCUUCCCAAUGAGCAUAAAAUGACAUAUUCAAUCUCGGUUCUUGUCGCAUUUUCUGUGUUUUAUUUGGUUUUGAUUGAUAUUAUACCGCCAACUUCAACGAAUAUGUCUUUGAUCGGGUGCUACUUAUUAUUCACAUUGUUUAUGGUCUCAAUAUCUUGUAUUCUCUCGGUUAUCACUAUCAAUAUGUAUAGGAAGUGAGUUUUUUUGAGAAUAUGUAUGUGAAAAGAAAAAAUUUAAAAAUUUCGCUUUCUUGUUAAAAAAUUUCUGUAAAUUCCCACUUCUCAUCAAAUUACCAUAUCGUCUUCAGACAAGCAUUCGCAUCAGAAAUGACAAGUUGGCAACGAUGGCUUUUCAUUCAAAAAUUACCUCCUCUGCUUCGUCUCAAACCACUUGAAGAUAGCCUGGAUGACGAUGGUAGUGAUGCAACAACAACCAGAACUGGAAGUGUCUCUAAUACCGCUUCUCUCGGUGCCAAGCCAUCAAUUCCAAAUAACAAUAAUAAUUCGCCAAUAUUUCCUCCGCAAAGAUUGCGUCUUUUGAGUUUGGUUCAAAUGGAUGAAGCGUUGAAACAAAGAUGCGCUGCUGACAAUCUAGAUUUGUUCAAGAAAAUCGCAGGUCAUUUGAGUAUCAUUUCAGCGCAUUUUCAGAAUCAACAAAUGGAAAGCAAGGUUGGAUCUAAAACUGUUUUUUUAACAAACAAACAAACGAAAAUCUUGCAGAUAACUGACGAAUGGCAACUAAUGUCAUUAGUUAUUGAUCGAAUAUUUCUUAUAAUAUACUUAAUUAUAAAUAUCGGAGCCGAUAUUUGGUUUAUCUAUUCUGCUCCAACACUUUUCGACUCCCGUCCUUCACUCGUGCGUACUCUUCCAUCAAAACCAUUAAGCGGUUCAUUCACAAUUUUUCAAUCAAAUCAUUCAAUUAAUUAA